AUGAACUUGCGUGCGGAGAUUCAGCACCACGGCUACAUCUAUCGCGGAGAGCUCAUCGUAGAACAGGACGACGCGAAUGGAUCGGCCAUGAAGUACGUCGGGUCAGCACAUUUUAACCCGUCGCUACGCAGCUGCCCGCCGUCCAGGGCAUAUGUCAAUGUUCUCGAGGCGUGCCGCGCCGUCACGUCGAACGAAAUCUUCUGUGGGUAUGCUGAACGCGACAGCCUCGGUCACGGAAACAACAAAGAGCUUGGCCAGGCCUUCCACCCACGACCCAAGAAGCCAGACAACUUUGAAAGCAACAUCAAACCAGGACAGGUGGGAAGCGUACUCGACAUGUUUGUCAUCGCUUAAAAUUUGUUGUGACGGAGCGGGACAUCCCUUCACAGCGAGCAAUCGAUCGAGCAUGGCCGCGCCUUGGCAUGCGGUGCGGUGGAUGGCCAGUUAGUCCAGGCUGGAUACAGCCGACUCGAGAAGACCAACACUGCCUUCUCCAGCACUCGACAGAAUUGCAGAUGCUGCCGCCGUGUGUUUGACCAC